UUAUCUUAUUUUACGACCGUGUCGUAUAUCAUCCCUUUCAAUAUGAAGUUAAGUUAGCUGUUUUUCUUGUUUCACGUUUAGUUUGUCCGUUUACUGCGCACUAGUCGUACUUACUGGUGGAACAUUUGUCUUUAGUCGAACCUAAGAAUCAUUGAGCUGGCCGAAAGAUUUAAAAUCAUUCAAACAUGGGCGAAUAAGUACAUUGUUGCAAAAGAAAAUAUUGGAAAAGGUUGACACAACUUCUGGCGUGGAAGCAUCCAUCUUUCUCCUGGAGAGAAGUUUCCGCUUCGCUACAAAUUGAAACAAUGCUACAAAUACGGAAGUGACGUGAGAAAAAAAAGUUGCCAAAUUCCUCGUUUGAUGUGCUCGUUCAAGCAAACGGCUGCGUUCAACUUUUAGUACUGCGGUACAAUAAUCGCAAAGUUAGCACUAGAUGUCGUUCGGUUGCCUUUAUUUGCGUGAAAAACACAACGGGACUUGGCCUUCGGCUGCUCUACCAGCAGAAGAGUAAAAAACAAACUUGACAGUUGUAGCAGUACUUGGAAAGUCGUGGUUUCAAAUCAGAUUUUUAAUAUAAUUCUACAUACAUCCGAACAUUGAUUGUGAAGAGAAAUUCAGUUGAGAAUACAUGACGGAUUAUUUCUUCAUCAAGUGAAUUGUCAAUUGCUGAGUGAGUAGCGGAUCCUACCAAACAAACAACACGGCGGGAAAAAAGGUAGAACAAACAUUUCAUUUCAAUGGCAUCGGAAUUUACGCGUGGUGAUGGACCAGCGUCUGUUGCUGAAAAUGAAACUGUGCAAUCCAGUAUCGCGUCAACAGCCAACAAGGAGAAUAAGAAGAAAAAGAUGAUCGACAGUUCCCACGGUUUAAGGUUUGAAUUGAAAUUAUUAGCGCUUUUUUGUGUCCGGGGACUGGGUGCCGGUUACAAGUUCGAACUGAGUAAAGAAAAGGAGGAAGAAGGUGGGAAACUGGAAGAUUUGAUCUUCCGGUAUCAAGUAUCUGACGAGACACUAGCGGGCAAACACUGGCGGUAUCGAUACCUGCAGGCCAAACACAAAGUGAACGAAAAGGAGAAAAUCCCGGCAGAUCACCUUCUCGAUUACAACCCCAAGGGAGAUUUCAGUUUACCAAAAUAUUUCCAUUCCUUUUACAAGAUAAGGACAAGGGGUGACGACCUUCACGAUUGCAUAAUCUGCACCAAUAUCGGAUUCGACGUGAACAGUCUUGAAAAGGGUGGAGUCCAGUUGGUGUCCAUAAAUGAUCAGCAGGAAGAUAUUUUAGAAUUCGGUGCACAAGAGAAAACAGCUCGUUACAAACUCAAAAUUAAUAAAGAAGAUUGGCACAGAAGGUUGAAGGAGGAAUGGUCGCCCGUCCAACUGCUGGCAGAAGAAUUAAAAGAUUGCGCUACAAAAAAUAAAACGACAGACCUCCGCACUGGGAUGUUCAACAGCUACCACGUCGCUUUGGUCGAUGAACACGUCAUCGAUUGUACCGCAAAGAAAUUCCACCUGGAUUUCGUGGGUGAAGUGAAUCUUUCAGAAGGUGCUAGAGAAUUGCGUCAAACGAUCUGCGAGUUAGGUAUAAACGACAGCUGGAAAGACUGGAAGUUUAAAUUGAGCAACAAUUUUGGGAAAUGCCAAUCGGCUGUAAAGAAUUCACUGCCACGAAAAAUCACAGAGGAAGACGUAAAAGAAUUUUUUGAUAAGUUGGUCUUUGUCGUCAAUAUGCCAAACGAAAAGAAAUUCGAGGAAAUACUAGAAACAAGAGACAUGAGCAAAUAUUAUCAACCAGACAAGUGCAAAGCUCAGACUAUUCGGAUACUUCAUGAAGUGUCAGCACAAUUUUCAAAUCAAGAACAAAACUUUUGGCUAAAAGCGGAAAUUGCCAAAAAUAUUUUGUUGGAUGGUGUCGCCAAAAUUUCAUUAGAAUAUCAAAGUCAAUUGGAAAAAGAGAUAAAAUUCAACGACAGCGCAAUUCAAAUGAUGACCGCUCAGUUGAAGCAGUUGCUGGAGUCUGACGGAAGGGGAAAAAUUGAACGAAUUGCCACAUCUUCACCGAAACACACGGCCGUCAAAGUCAUUUCGGCUGUUCAUAUUUUAAUGCGAGAAUUGAAUCAGGAGGGAAACUACUUGGUGGCAUCUUCUAGUCGUCUACAAAAUGAGGAGGAAAUGGAAAAGUGGAAAAAUAUUUUGAAAUUGCAAAAAAGUUUUCAUCAUUUUUUUGUCGUCGUCUGUGAUGAUGAAGCAUCGAAACAACAUUACGAAAAUUUUAUUUCAGAUGAUGGAGCGGACGAAAAAAAUAUUAUCAUUAUUAUUGGUCUUGGAAAAUCAUCAGCCAGGAUGGAUGAUGAAAUCAAGUACACAGAUUUGAGUCCGGAUUUCCAAGAAGCUAUUUUGUCGAAAACCAUUUGCUUUCAAGGGGAAAAUCUAACUGUAGGAAACUUGAUUGGUCCCAAACCGGAAGAAAUAAUCGAUUUCAGUUCAAUAAAGGAAUUGUUAUUUGAAGAAAAAGAAAUCAAAAUUCCUUCCCUCAACGCUUCAACCUUCGAGCAAUCGCUGUACGUCAAGAGGACAUUGCGAUUUCCGUUUAAAAAUCAAUUCGAACUUGGCGGGGAAUGCAGAAUCAAUUCAGAUGGCCACAUCGAAUGGCUCGUCGAAAAGGAAAAACGAAAAGAAAUAUGGAAGAAAAUCAUGAAUGGUGUAACUAAUCAAGCGUCUUCUGCGGGAGUAACUGUCGAUGAUUUGGCUCAUUUAAAAGAGAAUGGAAAUGAAAAGUCGGUUGUCAUCAUAUCCGGAUUAGCCGGAACUGGAAAAUCUACCCUCCUCUGUCACUACUAUGAAGAAAUAAAAAAAUCAAACCCGGACCACUGGGUAAUCAAAAUGAAUUUAGUUGAUUACGAAGCAAUUCUGAAAAAGGAUAACAUUGCGCGUUCUGCCAAUAUUUUUGUUUAUCAGUUACACGUCGUCGAUGAAAAAAGUUCAUUUUCUCGUUCGUUACUGAGAAACCGGUUGGAAAGGGGAGACCGUAUCAUUUUCAUGUUUGAUGGGUUCGAUGAAAUCAACGAACUGUGCCAAAAAGGCGCAAUUCAAUUGAUGGAGGCCAUCAGUAAGAAGAAAUCGAUUCAACUUUAUGUAACAACGCGACCCCACAUGCUCGAAGAUUUGCAAUUCUGGUUAUCCCAGCUGGCAUAUAGUUUGGAAAACUUUACUGAAAAAGACCAGAUCGAUUAUCUUACCUCAAAUUGGGCAAAAGAACUAAAUUUAUCUAAAGACAACAAUGGACCCCUUCAACAGUUUGCCAAAUCGUUAGUCGAACGGGUGUCGGAAACUCUGAGAGACGAAGAAAAGUCCUUUGUCGGAAUCCCGUUGCAAUGCAGAAUUCUAGCCGAAUGCUUUCAGUCAAAUGUUAAAGAAUUAAUAACACAAAAUUUUGUUGAAGAUAAAGAAGAGCCUCGUCAGUCGGAAUGUGUGAGAAACAAAAUUUCUGAUUUUAUCGAAGGUCAGAAAUUCGAUUUAGUAAGUCUCUUCAAUCGUUUAAUGGAAACGAAACGUAAAGUAUUUUGUGAAGAGAAAGCCAAUGCUACUAACACUAAUCAGAUCAUUCUAGACGCUAUUAAUCGUUUGAUACAAGAUAUUGAGGAUCAUCUGACAAAAUUGGCCAUAAAAACAAUCGUCACAGAUCAGAAGGUGCUGGACAUCUUGUUGCCACCUCAGCCAUCGCCAAAUCGGUCCGACGAUGACGUCGCUAAUGGGGAAAACACAGUUGCUUUAAACGGUCUGAAAUUCGGAUUGACAUUUAAAAGCGGAGAUGAAUCAACAGUCCAAUUCUUGCACAGGACAUACGCUGAGUAUUUAUUCGCCAGAUACUUGUAUGACGGGUUUCUUCUCGAUGAGAAACGACACAACAAAUUACUAGACAAUGAAUCCAUUCAAAAGUUAAUUCUAAACAAAAUCCUUGCAGUAAAGCAGUACAAUGGCGUCCAAGUGUUUUUCGAUUCCAUGUUGAAAGAAUUAGUUGACAAUGACGAGGAAUGGCGCAAUAGAAUUGACAGUCGAGAUUUACCAGAAAGGCUGAAAAAAUUUACCAAAAAUCUUUUUACACAGUUUCUUCGCCAAUCACCACCAUUGCAUAAACUUGGAAAAGGUUUUACAAUUAAAUCAUAUUUUGUAAACGCGCUUUAUUUUUCGCUUGCAAGUGGAAAUGGGACGAUAUUCAAAUUUUUAUGUGAUUGUCUCGACGCAACGUUUGAUAACCAUCAAGUUCAAUGGGCCAUGAAGAGUUCUUUCACGCAAUAUUACUGUUAUUUCUCCUUUACAUUUUUUCGCAAUAAAGAAAGCAAACUAGUUAAACGAUUUAUCGAUUACUUCGACAGUAAUGAAGCUGCAUCUUUCAUCGUCUCAAAAUCUUCGUAUUUUGCCUUGUUGCCACCUUGUGGUUUGGAUUAUUCUCAGUGGAAUGGCGAAGAACAACAAAAAACUGUGCACCACUUGUUGCAGUUUAUGACAAAUCAAUACGAGGCAUUCGACCAUUAUUUUGGUACCAAUAGAGAGAUUGACAUAGUGCCCAUGUUAACCUUUUUUAUUUUUAAUGAAAAUUACGACAGUCAUCUAAAAAUAUUUUUGGAACUGUUGUCUCGGACGACGGCCUAUUCUGACGAUUCCAAAUUUGCGAAUUUGCUGAAAAAAGCCUUCUGCUCUAAAGAACAUUUUGUUGGUGGUCGAAUCGAAAAAGUUUUAAUCAUCUUAAGUGAUCUCAAAAGACAGAAUUUAUUGACUCAACUCUAUGGCAUAGUUCUUGCGAUAGAACCAAAAGCCUUUCAGAAUAUCUAUCAGCCUCCUCUUUUACUAAAUGAGAAAGAUGCGAUAUCAGCGGACAUAAAAAAGUUGCUUGAACCGGAUUCAUACAGAAUGACUGGUCUUCACCGAGCUGCAUUUCAUGGUGACACUGAAGUGGCCGAGAAAAUAUUAGAAAAGAUUCGAGAAGACCCAGAAAAUGAAACUAAAGUCAUGACUCGGGAUGACUAUGGUUUCACGCCUUUUUACGUUGCUGCUGUCAGUGAUCAAGAGAAAAUUUAUAACAACAUGUUGGCCUUCUUAAAACAAAAUCUUUCUGUUGAUGAAUUAAAAGAACACUUAAUGGACACUAAGGGAUUCAUCCACAAUGCACUGUCGGACGCUAACGAAUCGGAAAAUGUGCAAAUGGUUAAACUGAUUUUGAACGCAAUUAAGCGGGAACUAGGACAGAAUUAUCUAAUCAAUUUACUUAAGACAAAUAUUACUAAAGGGUCUAAUAUUUCCCCAAGUUCAUUAAUUGUCAAAUGCAAAACAAAAGAACUAUUCAACGCAAUUGCUAAGAUUAUUGUGGAGAGAGACGACAUUGUGAUGGAUUAUACGGCUUUGUACCACUUUGUCUUUCACGACAAUUCAGUAAGAAAUACCCUCAAGUUCAUCGACGAAGAAAAUCUUCAAGGAUUGUUGUCACUAAAAGGCGUCGAAGAUUUUACGAAACAUGUUCUAGAUAGCGAUUGUUCGGUUAACUUUGCCUUUCGAUUAAUGUCACACCACCUUCUACAACAUUUUAACGAAGAUCAAAUCAAGCAGUUUGUUCAAACAAUUACUUUAAAAAACAACAAGAAAAAAAUUAGAAGCUGCAGUACGAUCACAACCGGUCACGUAGCUGACCCAGAACAGGCGGAAUCAAUCGCCUUAAAAUUCUUCCCGGAGUGUACUAAAGACGACUUGGUGUUUGACGACCAGGGUAACGGAACCACCAACAUUUACGCGGAACGACUAGUACCGAAACGCAGUUACUGGACCGAUUUGAUAGGAUCAGCGCUAACUGCUCAUUAUGACGAUCGUGGUUUUGUAUCUCGAGAAGAUGUCCAUUGCAUUUUUGACUGUUUGAAACGCGUGGGCGACAACUCUGCGAAACAACUUCUACUCCACAAAGAAGACAACGGCUUCAUCAUGAUUCCGUCAUCACAACAAAUCGUUCAACUCAUGUUAGCGCAUUUGUCACAAGAAAGUCAAGAGGAAGUCAAACGACAAUGGAAGAAUAGCGCAUCCCCAAUGAACACAUUUAUAGAUUCGAAUUCCGAAGGGAAUAACCUAAAAUUCGGACGUUAUUACAGUGACAUUUUACAGUUUUACUUAAAUUAUGGCAGCGACGUUCACCUAAAUGAUUUCGUAAACCUCGUCAUGACGCUACACCAGAUUGGCGAAGAACAGUUUACGGUGUGGAGUUGCAUAUUCAAAAAUUGCGACAAAGAAGCGAGCGAAAUCUUGAAACUUGUAUCAGAAAAAGUGGAAAUUCUAGGCCGAGAUGCCGUCAAACAGCUACUGCUUCAUGAGAUUGACAACGUUCCCUUCAUAAUCAAAGCUGUUUCGUGGGGGGAAGAUGUUGAUGCUCGACUGGAAAUUUUACCAAAAGAAAUCAAAGAAGAAAUUCAACAAUUUAUGAAACAAAAGGCACCAGAGUUCAUCGAAAAUGCGCUUCGCAAUCUCAAAGCGUUUUUCAAAACGUUCAAUAAGCAACAUUACAACAAAUUAAAUUCCUUCACGUUUUUCCUGAAUUAUCUCAGCGAUAAAAGUCAACUAGAGCAAUUUUUCCAGAAUAUCACAUCAACCACUGAUGACGGAGAAAAUACACGCAGCAUUUGGGCUGAACUACUAACCAACGAAUGCCAAGACCACAAAACCGACGAAAUUGCAAAAAUGGACAAAUUUAUGAAAUGUCUGUCGGAGAAACUCGGCUCGAAUGCCGUGAAGGAGUUGGUGCUCCACAGCGAUGGUGAAAUGCGAGUCAUAUUUUAUCCUGCACUGAGAGGAGAGGAAAAGAUGUUGGAGACGUUGCUCAACUAUUUGUCCGCCAAAGACCGAAAAAAGGUUCAACGUCAAGUCGAUGAAUUCUUGGACGAAACGUUCAAAAUCGAUGAAUAUAAUCAAUAUCAAUAUCAUCAAUUCAACCCUUUCUUUUAAAACUGUUUACAUAGUACCCAAAACCGUAUCUCCUAUUCAAAUGCCGAUGAAUACAAUUGGACACGUAA